UGGAGAAUUGCUGGAGCUUCCGCAGACUGUCUGAUCCCUCUGUUAACGACCCAUUCGACUGUUCAAGCUUGGCACCACAUCUGAUCUACCCGCAGAAUACUCCUUCGGUUCGUGGGCAUGGAUGUAGAAAGGGCAGAAUUCAGGUAGGAUGAGUAGCUGCAAGUGUUGAAGUUGGCAAAAUCUGAUGAUUUGACUAGUUAUCUAGUGUGUAUGAUCGACGUUGAUCUGUGUUUGAUGCUGGCAGAAGUAAAAUAUGCAGUUAGUUACAUCUGGAGCCCCUCAAAAAAAAAAAGGUUACAUCUGGAGACUUUGUAUUGCUUACUAUCAUAUCAUUUUUCGUUCAAAUGCUCUUUUUUUUUGUUUCCUUCAGCAACUAGGCAACAUUCCAUGUCCUGAUUUCGUGCAGGUAUUAUAUGUGCAGUAGCAGUAUUCGACCCGCGAAGGAAGUCGUAGCAGUGCGCUACACCUGUCUUGAGCCCUCAUUACACAGCCAUAAAACCACCUAGAGACAAACCCGGAGGCAGAGAAGAUGGCUGGACUGCAGAGAUCUUCAAUGACAUUCAGGAGGUCUGGUUCAUCAGGCUUGGUCUGGGAUGAGAGGCUUAUGUCGGAGGACCAUAGCCAGAUGGAGCCAGAGUUGAAGGAGCUCAAGCACUCCCGCAGCGUUGGGUCUGUUGGCCUGCAGCGCAGGCGAGACGGUGGCGUGGAGCGAGGCAGCCAGGCUUACUCUGCACGGCGUGUAACCCCGACACUGGAUCCGCCUUCACCCAAGGUUCCUGGUUGCAUCUUCUGUGGGAUUUUCAGAAAGACGGGAUCUUCAAGGCCAUCUAAGACCAGAAGGUACUAGAAUGGUAUGUGUGGACGGGGUUAUCAGGUUUUCAGUAUAGAUGUUAGUAGUCGGUCAUAUAGUCGCAGAUUGGAUAAAGUUUGCUAGUAUGUGCUAAAUAAGCUCCUUUGUGUAUUUUCUUUAUUUCUCUAUCUCUUGAUAGUUUGCUGAUGCAACUGUAUUCUUGUAUAAAUCAAUAUAUAUUUGUAACCCGAGGGAGUAUUUCAUGACUUCAAUUAUUUUUAGAAGAUCUUAAUAUUUA